UCAAAAAGAGUAUAUAAUAAUUCAAUUUAUAGGAGCAGUGUGAAGAAGCAGCAGCAAGAACGAUCCCCAGACUGACCAAAGCCCACACAAUGCACCUAUGUCCUGCCAGCAUCACCACCACCAUGCCAAAGAGAAAGGCUGAAGGGGAUGCUAAAGGAGAUAAAGUCAAGGUGAGGGACAAACCCCAGAGAAGAUCUGCGAGGUUGUUUGCUAAACCUGCUCCUCCAAAGCCAGAGACUGAUCCUAAAAAGGCCCCUGCAAAGAAUGGAGAGAAGGUACCCAAAGGAAAAACGGGAAAAGCUGACACUGGCAAGGAGAAUAAGCCUGCAGAAUAUAGAGAUGCCAAAAUAGACCAGGCACAGAAAGGUGAGGGUGCUGGAGAUGCCAAAUGA